GUUUUCCCAUCAUUACACAUUCUCCGGUGGCUGUUGUCUCCAUUUUCUUGUGUCUCACUGACCGGCUUUUAUUCCUUUCCUUUCCUUAUUCCUACUAUUUUCUCAAGGAAACCCAUUUUUCUGUUUCGCCUUUUAUUUCUAUUUUCUUUUCUCCAUUUUUUGGGUUGUCGACGUCCCGUGGCUUCUCUCCUCUGAGCCUCUUCCCAUGUCGGCUUGUCUGCUGUAGUUCUGUCGCAAUUACAGCAUACAGCGCUGUAUGCUCUUCUUGGAUCAGAAGUUGCAUUUCAUUCUUAGCUGUGCCUAAAAUAGUCCCUCUUGAUUUUUACCAUGCCGUGAUCCAUAGGACGCGAGAUUGUCACCAUGAAACUCGCCAAAGCCAUCCGUUCUAUCCUGUGGUGGUGGAUUUCCGUCAUCCAGCGCGUUCGCUUUUCACCUGCUGAGUCUUUCGAUAUCUUUUGGGAGUUUGCCCGGCGGUAUUUCUUCACCCUCGCUUUUCUCUCCCUGUUCAGCGCCAAACUUCUGCAUCUCUACGCCCACCUCCAUUCGCUUCCGACGGGCAAAUUGCUCCUGUGGGGGGUCACAUUCUUCUUCCAGGAUGUCAUGGUUCUCCUGUUUUCCCGCAUAUUUGCGCAGAAGAUCCCAUGGCGACCCGUUUCCGUUCUGGCCGCGCUUAUUAUCAUACCAUUUAGCCUGAUCAUGUCCUGUAUGGCUGCCACGGGCAUCUCCUUCUAUGUCACAACUGGAGCUGAAAUCCACUGGCUGCAAGCCAAAUCCUUCCAAACCGAUGCCGCCGCUAUUCGGACUCUUCUCACAGGGUUGACCGGUUUCCUAAUCGUCGAAGGCAUCCUGUUGACCACGUCGUGGUUUGCCUCUCACCAAAUCCAUCGUGUAACGGGUGGGAUCUUACAUGUGUGGGCCUGGCCCUUCCGAUGGCUGGCGGACCACGUGCGGCCAUGUUCGCGACGACUAUAUGCCCGACAUCGACCGCUCCCCAGCCAGGAACGCUACGAGCAAAUACCGGUUGCCGACUUGGAGGAUAAUAAAAGUGAGGAUGGAGGCUCGGUGGACCUAUUUGAUUCUCCCAGCGAUAUGUUGCCCGAGAGAAGCGGAACGGAUACGGUUCUUCGCAGAGUAAUCGUCCUGGGGCUAUUUUGCCUGUUCCUGUUGCUCCGCUUUCUCCGACCACAGCAUCCGGUGUAUGGAUUUCUUUCUGGUUCCUUAUCAUUGACUCUAUUGUUGGAAGGCCACCGAGUAUCGCCCGUAGAUACAUCAGGCAUGCCCGGUCAUUACGCGUUCCUGGAAGGACAGUCAGCAUUGUGUCCGACGCCAGACUGGGAUUGGAUGCCGCAGGUGCCGCUCCCGGGGUUUGAGGACUGGGAUAGAACUGACCGACAUGGCGUCCACUAUCUAUCACAAGCAGACCCAUUACAUAUCUCUAACCUUCAAAAUCCGGUGCUGGACUCGAUCCGAGAAGCGGUGGAACAGGGCAGCAUCAAGAUCAAGCACGUGAUUUUCAUGAAGCUUGAGAGCACUCGAGCGGAUGUCUUUCCGUUGCGAAAGGACUCAUUCAUGUGGAAUCGCAUUGCCGAGUCGUACAGCGACAAGAAGAUCCCGGAUGACGUUCAGGAUCGCCUAGCCAACUUGACGCGCACGGCAGAGUUCUUGACUGGUUUUUCCACCGGAUUCGAGCAUCAUGAUAAUCUCCAUCCUGGUCUGAAGUCAUACGGUAGUAUUAGCGCGCGGAAUGCCUUUACAACAGGCACCUACACCCUGAAAAGUUUGGUAGGCAGCUUAUGUGGCGUGACGCCGCUCGUUGCUGACUUUAAUGCUGAGUACAAACACCAUAUUUAUCAGCCUUGUUUGGCCCAUGUUUUCAAUGCAAUCAACCACCAAUUGCCCGACACUGACGACCGAACUGAUGACUUUACCACAUGGCCCUGGCAUUCGGUAUGGAUGCAGUCCGUAACCGAGACGUAUGACAACCAGGACAAAUUGACCCCGCUCUUGGGGUAUCAUGACAAGCAGACUAAGGAGACAAUCGAAGACCCUGACGCGAAACACUAUCCAGUGAAGUGGAAGGAGAUCAACUACUAUGGGUAUCCAGAUACGGCGCUUCGCGAGUAUAUUCAUGAUGCCAUUGAUGAUGCGGAGCGCAACCGCACUCGUCUUUUUCUUACCCAUCUGACGGGGACUACACACCAUGACUGGGGAAUGCCUAACAAUACAUACGAGCAGAUCGUCGGCUCGUCUUGGGGUGGACACAAUGAUGAGUUGAACCGAUACCUAAAUACCAUUGGAUUUGCCGAUCGAUGGAUAGCGGAGAUUAUCGGGAUUUUGGAAGAGAAAGGAGUGGCAAAUGAGACCCUGCUAGUGAUGGCUGGCGACCAUGGCUUGUCUCUUCCCAAUGAUGGUGGUAUCACUCCAUAUGACAACCCGCAUAUUGGCAGUUUCCAAGUUCCCAUUGUACUUGCUCAUCCAAAACUGCCUCCCGUCGAAAUCACCAGCCCGGUGACCAACCAGCAGAUCGUUCCAACGAUCCUAGACCUACUGAUUGAGUCGUUAUCUCUCAGCGAGAGUGGCACGCAUGCAGCGCGCGACAUCCUAUCCUUGUACGAAGGGCAAUCAUUGAUCCGACCGUUGAUUCAGGAGCAAGACGGAAAGCAGGAUUGGCAGUUCACAGUUAUGAAUACUGGAGGUUCCUGGCUGGCUGUACGGUCAGCAGCACGACCGGCUUAUCGUCUGGUUAUCCCACUUGUUAAUGAACUGGGCUGGCGGUUUACGAAUCUUGAGCAAGAUCCGAACGAAAUUCAUCCCAUCGAACGCUUCAGUUCUGCAGAUUUGGCCGCCAUCCUCGACAAGGAAUACGGUAAGGAUGCGGUUAAUUGGCUUCGCGAUGCUGCGCACGUCACCGAGUGGUGGGUGUUGGAGAACUGGCGUCGCUACGGAUAUGUCCCCAAGGCCAAAGGUUGAUUGCGACGCGGAUUCUGUCGUGUAUAUUUCAUCCAUGACUAUGAUUCUGAUAUUCUGCAUGCCGCUGUAGCGCAUCAUUCACCACGCCAUCCCGCCCAGAAUCCAAGGAAGUCGGUUCCUUGAGCGUUAUGAAGCGCGGGGGUAAAUGGAUGGGGGAAUUGUGGAUAUUGAUCCCCCACUUUCUCGGACGAGAGGCGUUCUAUUUUGGAGUUCCCGCAUAACCUGCAUCUACUGGAUUCUUAUGUAUAUAGCGGACAAGGAUAUUAUUUAUUAUUAAUCGAUAUGCAUGAUGACUG